AUUACAGCUUUCCCUCUGAUGGGAAUUUUACAUUCUUCGUGGUGCAAUUGUUAUAUGCGUUUUUGCUUGAAUCAGCUGUACUAUAUGUGGUUAUGACCCGGCCAUUGGCAAAGUUCUGAAAACACGUGGAUAAAAAUUAUCUAUAAAAAUCAAUAAUGCCGUUAGCAAAAGAUUUCCUGCAUCCAAGUCCAGCAGAAGAAAAAAGGAAACACAAAUUGAAGCGAUUGGUUCAAAAGCCGAAUAGCUAUUUCAUGGACGUCAAAUGUCCAGGAUGUUAUGCAAUAAAAACAAUCUUCUCACAUGCUCAACGCCCCGUUGAAUGCGAUGGUUGCCGAACAAUCUUAUGUACUCCGACUGGUGGAAAAGCACGUCUAACUGAAGGGUGUUCAUUCAGAAGAAAAGUCCAAUGUUAAAAAUUUUUUACUCAUAUACUUUGGCUGAAAUUGAUUUUAUGGAUAAUAAAAUAAAUUAAAUGUACAUUUAA